AUGACAUCAAUCAAUGAUGAUUCAAGUUCUAAUUUUGGAUCUUCAAUAAUUUCAGACACAUACGAUUGUUUUAUUGAUGUUCCUGGUGGUGAAAAACAAUCUAGAGUACUAAAGAAUGAACGAAGACAAGUCAAAACAAGUUGUGAGUCAAAACCACAUGAAAGAUCUCAUAAAAAUGGAUCAACAUCAUCUUAUGAAAGUCAUACUUCCCUAGGAUCUACCGGUAGUAAUAGUGAAUCAAAAGCACAUUCCUUAACACUAACGAUUGCACAAGCUGAAGAUUUUCGUAAGCGUAUCGAAAUCCAAUAUGAUAUAUUACAAAGAAGUGAAGCAGUUUAUUGUUAUUAUAUAUACGAUCGAUCUGCUAGUUUACGUGCACGUGAAAAACUUCAAGAUGCCACUGAUGGAACAUUCUUCAUUCGAGCAGCUGAAGAGAGUAAACGAACUUCAAAUGUUGAAUAUUUUCUUAAUUUUGUUUGUCACAAACAAGUUGUCGAAGUGCCCAUAUGUUGCGAUAAAGCACGUAGAGCAUUCUGGUUUCUCUCCGGAUAUGGUCAUGGAUCUGAAGUAAAACGUGAAUAUACCGGAAUCGAUGUACUUGUUCAACAUAAAAAAGAAAAUAUUUUUCACGAAUUACAGUAUCCAUUUCGAAUAUCCUUGUAUAAACCUAUAGAUCCAUCGAUUUCAGAAUGUAUCCCACUACCCGAUGAAGUUCGUGGAAUGGGUUCUCAAAGUACCAUUCUUCAUGAAUUAGCUGUCAAAGGCCUGUCAUCCUAUUUCAAUGAACUUAUUCGAAUAUCAAGAAAUGAUCUUCAUCCUCUGCAAAAGAAAGCUUUGUGCAUAGUAAAUAAGAUCAAUGGAAAAAAUAAACAAGGUCACACACCAUUAAUAUUAGCUAUUAAUGCUAAAAAAUAUGAAUUUGUGGAACUUCUUCUUGAUCACAAAGCUGAUGUGAAUAUAAAUGAUUCCGAUGGUUUUUCACCAUUACACCAUGCAUGCCGACAAGGUCAUCCUAGAAUAUUGAAAAAAUUAAUUGAUCGACAUGCCGAUCCACAUUAUUUUAAUCCAAGAGAAAAUCCAGAUGGUAGUCAUCAAUCGAAUCUAGCAGCAUUUCAUAAUUUGGCAAUGUCAAAUGGGGUAACACAGAAAAAUAUUAGGCAAUGUGCAAUGUUGCUAGUCGAACAUGGUUGUCCUCUGAUACCUUUAACGCGUGAAGGGAAAACUCCGUUUGAUAUUGCUCAAAUGUACCAAAAUAAUGCAUAUGAAUGUAUAAAGAUGCUCUGCAAUAGAUAUCAAUUCAAUUAUUUAAAUCCUAUAGAAGUAUCAUCUCGAAACGAGGCUAAAACUAUUUUGAACGAUUUAGCAUGUCCCAAUUGGAUUGGAAAGAUUCGAUUACAUAUUAAAAAAGCUGAUAAUAGAGAUUGCUUUAAAAAUGAAGGUCUUUUCUUAUUAUAUAAAACAAAACAAACUAAAAGCAAACCUACUGGAGAACUUGGUUUAUGUGUUCAUCAUAAUGGACAAGUGUUUGUUUAUAUUAUCACACAAAAACAUAGCUGUAUCAUUAAAGAUUCAACAAAUCUAUCAGACAACAUUUUUUAUAAAUACUCAUUGAUAACCGACACGAUAAAAGAUGAUCAAGCACAGACAGUAGUCUUUCAGUCAUGCGAAGAAUUAGUCUACAAUCAUACUAAACGCAAGGGUACCUUACCAACUUUAUUGGAAGAAUUUGUUCGAAAAAAUAAAGAUGAAACAGAAACAAUGAAAGCUAAAACAUUAUUACUACCAGUGAAAUACCCACCGCAUCCUAGUUAUGGAAUUAUUCCUGAAGAUCCUGAAAUUGAAGAUGAUAGAGAUAUUAGUUCUAUUAAUCAUAUUGAUUUAUUCCAAAUAUAUUCAGCAAAAAUUCUCGAUGAAAAGGACAAUCGACUUAUAUGGCUAACGAAAUGUCGCGUAGAUAACACAAUAUCUAUUCCUGUUAUUAUCAAAGAUUAUCUUCCUGAAACAAAUAUUGAUUCAUACAAACAAUAUCGAUUGAAUGAAUUGAAUAAUUCUUCACAUCACGAAACCGCUAAUGUUAAUGAUGAAUUUCCUUAUGGAUACAAUUCUCGUAGACGUCUCGAAUAUAAACAUGAAUCAGAAAUUUUACUAGAAAAGCUCAAAAAUGAUCCUUUCAUCAUUCAUGCAUUUAUUUGUGAUCAUAAUUUGAAAAGAGAUCUACGUAUAUUUAUGGAAUAUCUUCCAAUGGGAAAUCUACAUUCAUAUUUAAAACGCUUAGAACAAGGAUCAUUGGAUCCAUUGAUAAAUGCAUUUCAUUGGAUAUAUCAAUUAGCACAAGCUAUGGCAUUUUUAUCAAACAAUAAAAUAGUUCAUCGCGAUUUAGCAGCACGAAAUAUUUUACUUCAGAAUGAAAAGCAUAUAAAAUUGAGUGAUUUUGGUUUAGCACGUUUUGAGGAUGAAAAAAUUGACAAAAAUGAUAAUAUUGUACCAGCACGUUGGUCUGCACCGGAAUGUUUUGAUCGUACCAAUGAAGUUUCAUCAUUGUCAGAUGUUUGGUCAUUUGGUAUCGUAAUUUGGGAAAUCUAUUCAUUUGGUGCUUUACCCUAUGAAAUCGAGACUAAUAAUAAUUCUCAACCAUUGAUUCAUUUGUUAAAACGAUUUUUAGUCGAACAAAACCGUCGAUUAUCACGACCACAACAAUGUUCACAGAGUGUGUACGAUUUAAUGGCUCGUUGCUGGAAUGGCGAUAGGCAUAAGCGACCACAUUUUGUUGAUAUAAUUAAUGAGCUCAAUGGAGCAAAUUUUGUGAAAAAUUGUAUAGUAUCAUUUACUCGUGAAGAAAGAAAAGCAUGGAAAGUAACAGAAGAAGAAUAUAUUGCGAUCCGUCAACGAAAUCAACACUCAGUAACGAAUGACAAUCACUACAUAAGCGUGACAGAACAUGAAAAUAAUGAGGAAAAUAUUCUUCUUUGA